AUGGCGCGCAACGUGCUGGAGAGCAGUCUGCUGGGCGCUGGCUUCAGCAUUAUCUUUCAGAUACUGUGCCGCAUUCUAACAUUCGGCAUUAAUGCCUAUAUCGUGAGGAAUGUGGGUCGCGAAGUGCUGGGCAUUAUGAAUGUGCGCCUGCUGCUGCUUGAGAGUACGCUGCUCUUUUUGUCGCGCGAGGCAAUCAAUCGUGCCGCAUUGAGUGCCAACUCUCAGCAGCGCGACAAAUGCUCCUGGGCACAGUUGAUCAACCAAAUGUGGCUUACUGUUCUCAUCUGCGCAGCUCUUUGCGCACCUUGUCUGUACAGCUGGUUGCAUUGGCUGUCGAAUGUCGACGCUAUCUAUAAAGCACAAUAUGAGUUUGCUUGCUAUGCUGUGGCCUUGUCCUGUGUGCUGGAAUUGAUGGCCGAGUCGACCGUAUUUGUGGCCCAAGUCUUUUGCUUUGUCAAACUUAAAAUUCUCCUUAACACGCUGCACAUUCUGGUCCGUUCUGUCAUCUUUUUGUGGAUUGUCAUCGGGGAUCAAAGUGUGGCCAUCUAUGCCUUUGCCAUUGCGCAAUUGGCCAGUUCCAUAACCAUAAUCGUUAGCCAAUACGGCUUCUUCCACUAUUAUAUCAAGCGCUUCAAUCGGUUCAAGCUACAACAGUCCCGGAAAGGAAAGUCGCCGAGAACCCAAGCUGAGCUAACGUCCUGGGAGCGCACAAUGUUUGAGCACAUGGAGGACUUUCCGUUCACCAGGCUAAGCGAGAUGCUGCCCGGUGUCACAGAGAACAAAGGCGCGUUCUUCAACAAGGAACUGCAAACUCUGACGCUCAGUUUCGUAAAGCAGGGCGUGCUUAAGCACAUACUCACAGAGGGCGAGAAGUACGUGAUGUCUGUUAGUCCAGUACUUAGCUUUAGUGAGCAGGCCACGUACGAUGUGGUGAAUAAUUUGGGCAGCAUGGCAGCGCGUUUCAUCUUUCGUCCCAUUGAAGAUAGCGCCUAUUUCUACUUCACGCAAACCAUCUCACGUGAUAUAAAGCUGGAUAAACAGCCACCGGAACGUGUGCGGCAAGCAUGCAGCGUUUUACACAAUCUGCUGCUAGCCGUUAGCUCUAUCGGCCUGCUGGCUUGCACCUUUGGGCAGAGUUACUCACACACGGUGUUGCAAAUGUAUGGCGGCGAUGAUUUCGUCGCUGGCGGCUUGCCCCAAAGUCUGCUCCAGUGGCAUUGUUUGGCCAUAUAUUUGCUGUCCAUUAAUGGUAUCACCGAAGGCUAUAUGUUUGCCACAAACACAAGUCGCGAAAUUGACAAAUACAACUUCAUUAUGGCUAUAUUUUCUAUCAGCUUCCUAGUGCUCUCCUAUAUACUAACGGGUAUUUUCGGGCCAGUCGGGUUCAUCUUUGCCAAUUGCAUUAACAUGCUGAGCCGCAUUUUGUACAGCACAUACCAUAUACGUCUGCAGUAUCAGCCCUUGGCGUUAAAUCCACUGCUGGGCCUGUGGCCGGGCAAGCUUUUUGGUGGCACGCUCAUAUUCGCUGGCUGCAGUUGCUUUUGGUACCGUAAUGCCGCUCUGGGCACCCAUUUAGCCAUUGGCUUCGCAUCCGGCCUUUUAUGCUUGGGAUCUUGGGCGUUGGCCCAUAGGGACUUGGUGCGCCUGGCCUGGAAAUACGCACGCCGAAUCAAAAUUGAAUAAUUGCUAUUCAUUUAAAAAAAUUUAUUGUUGUUGUUAAUAUUUACUCAAACACUUCGCCAAAGACUUCGCAAAACCUGCAUUGUCUGCAUCGCCAUGCACAUCACAACCGCUUAAAAUUAUUAUGUCUACUUUUGGUAUAUCAGUACAUACAUGUAACUUCAGGCAAUGAUGUAUGUUAUGUUUAAGAAUCAAAUUUAAGUUAUUUUACUGUA